AUGGAGGCCUAUUUCCAAUACCAGCGAGUUCGCCAGGCAGUCCGCCACAGCCUGUCUGAAGGCGAGAACGGCCCUUUGGAGAAACAGUCGCCGGAGAACCCCUCCAGCUCCAAUGAUGUUAUCCUCGUGGGCUGGGAUGGACCGGAUGAUCCGCUGAAUCCGCGUAACAAGACCGUCCUACAGAAACUCUGCAUGACAUGGUUUGUUUCGUUGAUCGGAGUCGCUGUCACUGCCGCCUCUGCGAUCGAUGCUUGCGGCGUGACGGUAUACAGCGACUAUUUUGGAGUGUCUGAAGUUGUUGGCUCUCUUGCGACAGGACUCUUUUUAAUUGGAUUCGCGUGCGGCUCUCUACUAUCAGGGCCCUUCUCCGAGACAUUCGGACGCAAUGCCAUCUAUUCAACGACAACCCUUUUCUAUCUGGUCUGGAUCAUGGCCGCCGGACUGGCCCCGAACAUCCAGAGCCAUCUCAUCUUCCGCUUCCUGGCCGGCUUCUUUGCCUCCACGCCACUGACUUGCGCUGGUGGGACUGUUGCGGAUCUGUGGGACCCGGUGCAAAAAGCUUAUGCUUUCCCUGCCUAUGCUGUGCCGUCUUUCACAGGCCCAGUUCUUGGCCAGGUCAUUGGGAGCUAUAUCCCCUCGACACUUGGAUGGCGCUGGCUAGAGUGGAUCAUGCUGAUCAUGGGCGGUGCUGUCCUUAUUGUGGUUGUCAUCCUUCAGCCUGAGACAUAUGGAAACCUCAUUCUAUACUGGAAGGCCAAGGCCCUUCGGCAAGAGACUGGUGAUCAGCGGUAUAAGGCUCCGAUGGAACUCAAGCACGACGGUCUGGCAAAGCGUUUGCAGAAGUCUGUCUACCGGCCGUUCGCGAUGUUCUACUCGGAGCUGAUUAUCAUCCUGAUGUCGCUCUAUCUUACUAUCAUCUAUCUGAUCCUCUUUACCUUUUUGGAAGGAUACAAUUUUAUCUUUGGCGAGAUAUACGGCCUCUCGCAGCCUCUGACUUCCAUUUGCUGGUGCGGCAUGCUGGCUGGAAUCCUGCUUACCGGGGCCAUAGUCCCAGUCGUCUAUUCAUGGACGGCAAAGGAGUACAAAAAGACAGGCCGUAUCGCACCGGAGACCAGACUCUGGUACGCAAUGCUGGGCGGGGCUCCAGCGGUACCGAUCAGUUUAUUCUGGAUGGGCUGGACAGCCUAUCCCCAUAUCUCAAUCUGGUCUCCCCUCAUAGCCACUGCCGUCUUCGGCUACGGCAUGACAGCCAUUUUCAUCGUGGCCUAUAUGUACCUUAUUGAUUCGUACGACAUCUACUCGGCCUCCGCACUGGGGUUCCUUGUCUUCACGCGGUAUGUUGUUGCGGGAGGUAUGACUGUUGCUGGAGGUCCGAUUUACCGCUCGAUUGGCGUCCACUAUACGCUUACCAUUAUGGGGGCGCUCAGUGCUGUCAUGACGCCUGUUCCGUACCUGUUCUAUGUUUAUGGGCCGAGGAUUCGGAAGAGGAGCAAGUAUGCGGUGGAUGUUGAGAAGUGA